UUGUAUUAAAUAUACCUUCGAGCUCAUCCACUCCUGACUCCUGAUUUUACUUAGUUUGUACAUUUCUAUUAUAAGGGGUGUUACUGGUUAAGGUGUUGUCAAACUCCGAAUAUUUGAGACAUUACAGCAUUUCAGUAACUACUUUUUUCCCAUUAUCAUUUCUAUUUUCCAUCUAAGUCUUUCAACUCCAUCUUCUCACACAUUACCAAUUAACUGUCUUACUCAUUAUUCUUGGAAUUAUCGUUUUCUCUCAGAACUCGACUUAUCACUUCAUCUCACAUUGCAACCAACCAAUCUCCUACCUGGCAAUGUGAUAGCUGCUAGUAUCCAGAAUUUAUAUUGCCUUGAGAUGGGCUCACUAACUCAAACUACAAUACGUACAAAUCCACAAAUAGCUAUCAAACUGACUAUAAUUCGAGAAUUUGAGUGGUGCGACUAUCACCCAUUAGACAUUACGAAUUAAACAAAACCUUACCGAAACAACAAGAGGAUAGCGUUAAAAAGUAGUUGGUUUGUACAAGCUCGUGACAAAGACAUUGGAUUUAUUGCUGAAUUUUGCACUGGAAAUGAAAUCCUGCAGAAAGUCUGGGCACUUUAAGUGUUAACGCAACCUUGUUUUCUCAAACAAUGUCAUCAAACACAGAAAGCCUUCCCAAUCAAUCUCCUCCAAAAAUACCUUUGGACAGCGAAGGAAAACCUCUUAAACCCUGUUGUGCAUGUCCAGAAACACGUCUCAAGCGUGAUCAGUGCGUUCUAAUGUAUGGCGAGGAAAUGUGUGCAGAUGUGAUCAUGGAGCAUAAAGAAUGUUUGAGAAAACUUGGUUUUGCUGUGUAAUGUAAUCAGAUCUCUUAAAAUAUAAUUGGUUCAUCAUUUCUUCUUUCUGAUCGCUGGCUCUUGUUUAUCGUUACUAACUACUUUUUAUUUUAGGAUUCUUCUGAUCAAAAGCCCACAGCUCGAUUCCGUGUUACGGGUUCAAUGCUUCCUAAUUUAGUAGGUCGCGAUGUAUGUAUAGUUGGGACUGCUCUUCGUGUUGCCCCUUCAGGACAAAGAAUCCAUAUACGCUGCGCAGAUGGGCGGGAAAUCGAUUGCAAUCUCCUCUCGCCUCUUCAGGCUUCUCCAGAAAAUCGAGUUAUAGAAGUCCAAGGUCGCGUAAGCAAUGUGCAAGGUACAGAAAUCAAUGCUACAGCGGAACCGGUCGUUUUCUCCCAGGAAGCAAGUACAAAGUUUGACAGCGAUUUAUAUUCACAAGCUAUCCAAAUGACAGCUCAAUUCGAUCAGUUUUACAUUCAACCAAUGGAAGCAUAAUUCAUAUUCGUCAGUUAUCGAACAAUAAUGCAAAUUACAUCAGAUGUUUAAUGUUAUUGUAUGCAAAUAAAAAUAAAUACAGUUCUAUCCAAGUUUUUGUUUUACUGACCUAAUGCUUGUGAUUAGUAGACCUGAAGAACUAUCUUUAUUUACUCGAUCAUUUUAAGGAAUUUUAUUUAUUGUACUUUAUGUUAGACAAUUUUUACUGAACAAUAAUUCUAAUCGUCUGUUGGCUCAAUAUGUUGAAGGCUGAAUACGUGCACUAUUCAGUCUUUUGUAUAAAAAUAACAUUAAGCAGUUACUUAUUUGUUCCAUCUUUAUUGGUCAACUCAACUUUUGCGUCUCAGAAAAAUAAGUGAGUAUUAUAGUAAUAGUUAUGGACCAAUAUAUUAUAACAACAAUUUUAAUUAUGAGAGUAUGUAACUGUCUACACACUUGUAAGGUUCAUUUCGUUUGAAGCGAUUAAUAAACAACUAUUUGAUCAAUUGAAAGUGGGGAAGAUAAGAACUAACCUACCAAAAGUGAUGUAUUGUGUUUAUUUUACUUUUUAGCAACUUUUUUCCAUUGUGUUCGAAUACUCUAAAAAUUAAGAGGCGUGGAACAUUCGUGUUAUUUCAUACAUAUAUGCCCUAGAAGUUUUCGUGUUUGAAAACAACAAGUUAGUCAGUUAUAGUAGUAUGUGUAUUUGAAAAAGCAAAUCUAUAUCCAAUGAACAUUAACUGCUGAAUUAUCCAAUAAAAUUGUAACUAGUGAUAAUCUCUUUAAUCUUCACGUUUCUUCUAAUAUCACAUUUGAUACCCAUACCAAGUAUGUCAGUAUUUUGGCCAGAACCUUUAAGGCUGGUGAAACGGGUAAAGAUUUCAACCCCACGUUCCACCUCAUCAGUAUUCAGAAGUCUAAAUAUAUAAUCGGAAUCAUGGACCGACCUUAGUUAGACCACCAUUGUAAACCUAGAAGCGUUAAAUGGCCGUCUCGUCCUAGCAUGGGACUCUUCAGGAGUGCACAUCCACUACCCCGCGAGGUUAAAUCAAACUCACUAAUCCCCAUACUAAUAGAAAACAGUUAUCUAAUGGUUCCAGGUUUUCAGUAAUAGUCUAGCUUGGAUCGGUCAAUGAUUUCAAUGAAAUUAAACAGUCCCCAUACUUGAUCGGAAGCUUUUAUAAAAUCAACCGCUCACAAAUUGUAUACUCGGUACCUUAACUGUUUGGUUUCGGUUUUUCAUUAGCUCCUAUGGGAAUUUUCUAGUCCUAUGAACUUGAUAUCAAUUAUAUUUAACAGUUACCAGAUUUUGAAUUGAUGUCAUCUCUGUAGAAAUCCUUCCGUCUGAUUUUCCACGUUUUUUGUUACAAUAUUAUGCAUUACUGCAUACAAGCACGCAGCUACUGUUCUGAAGUUGACUAGUAUCUCUUCAUAUGUUUGAUUUUCAAAUGACAAAUAACUGAUGGAAGCACGUCUUUGUUCAUUUAGCGAACCGAAAAAGACAAAUUUCUAUCAGGACCGACCUAUAGAGUACCAACAAUUUUUUCAUAUCCAUUUAAUUUACGGGCAAAUGGCACAUCCAUACUAUGAGUUAACUUUAUCAAUUCAAUUUAUGAACUAGACUGAGUCACUCGUCAAUUAUCGAUAUCACUUGCAGUCUUACAUCCUUCUACUUGUUAACAGCUUCCUCUUAUCGCUUUUGUUUUACAGACUAAAUAGAAGUUAGUUAUUUAGAAUGCCGAGUCUGAUAACUGGUAAGUACAAAUAUAAGGUUUGAAGGUGUCGUAAUGUUACUGUUACAAUAGAAUAAAUAUUUUGUGUAAGCACGCCUCUUUUAGACAAUAGACUAAUGUUUAUCAAUGCAUAAUAGAUUAGAGUUGCUUUGAUCUCUUAUGAUUUUAAUAAGCAGGGUUGUUUCAUUAUUAACUAUUAGAUUGAAUCUGUCGUUAAUUUCUUCAAGAUUAUUUUGACUUGAGUAUUUUUCCACGUUUUGUGUCAUCUUUUAAAUAGAAAUAUAUUGUUCCAAACCAAAGUCAGCUAAUGGUUUUAUCGAAUCUUACCUAAUCGGAGCUCAGUUAGAGUUCAUUUUUGGCAUGGUACAAGGCCCGGCUUUUACUAGAAAAAAUAACGCUAUGAGAUUACCAGUUAUACAUUUCUACGACCCUUGUUGUCGUUAAUAGUCACAUUUCAGCGUUUUUAACUAGACAACGCUGAUAUGUUGUACACUUGACAUUUGUUAAAUGCAUAUAUACCUUGUUUCGUUGUUCGUAUCCAUUUACAAAUACCAACUAAUCUCACUACACCCAAGAUUUGAUUUAUUUUCUGACACAUCUGCUUAGAUAAAAAUGGCUGAUCAAGCAGGUAAAAUGAUUAAGAACUUGCGUUUCUUACAUUUAUUCGCACAUUAUAAGUUUAUACUGACCUGGAAACAUUUAUUUACACUGUGUGCAAAUAAUUAUUACCGUUUUCUCAACUUUUAUUUCACUUUGUAUUAUCUCUGAAUGCCAUUUAAAUCUAACAGAAACCUGAUGCAAAUAAAAAUGCUUCUCAAUACUGAAAAUAAACGGAAUGUUUCACUGCUAUAUGUGUUUCAACAUACCUAAGGUCAACGUCCUAUGAUUUGUUGUUUUUCACGUCAGCUGAUGUAAACUCUUAAGUCUGUUAUAAAAACACUAAUUUGCGAUUGGUUUAUUGAUAGUAAUCUGUGUGUUGAUUGUUCUGUGCAAGAUUAUUCGUUGCCUCUUAAGCCAAUCAGAACGGAGUGACCUUCAGGGUAUGACUACAUUUUAGUUCACGGUUAGUAGAUAGCAGACUAGUGAGUGAUCCGGUGUUAUCUGUCCGGUGCAUUAUGAUGUGUUUUGGCGAGCACCAUUUUUGAUGUGAACACCUAUGUCAACCUACAUAUUUAUCUCUGAUAUUGGGUCAUUUACUCAAAUAUGCUUAUUCGCAGUUAAAGCAACAUCAACAUUAUGUAUAAUAUGGAGUGCAUAUGUAUUUGCAAAAACACGAUUGUUUUCCAGACGAGAUUCAGACAUUCAUAAUACUAUUGCUAAUAAAAAAAGAAAGUAUGAACAUUGUGAUGAAUCAGAAAUUUCUACACCUUAUGACAAUUAUUCUUCCGAACAAAAUCUACCAUCUCUAUCAAUUUUGAAGGGUAGUUUCAUAAUUCGCAAUGGUAUGAAUGCACUGUAUAAUUUAAUUCAUCAUGUAAAGUAUAAUAGUGAUGAUAAUGUUGCUACUGCUGUGUCUACAGACGCUGACGAUGUCACUUCAACAAAUCCAUGUAGUGAAUUCAAUAAAAUCACUCAUUCAGAUGAAUUGGGUUUAUUUUAUAAAAUGAUAUGUGAUUUAAGUGCCAAGGCUGGAAUUACUACCAGUAAUAUUUACAGUACUCCUCGUAAACGAAGUCGUUUAUUGUCUUUCAGCAAAGAUCCAAAACUCACUACAGACUAUAUAUUACAUCUUCUGAUUUCAUACAGCAAGGAUCUUAGGUAUUUGGAUCACUUAUUCCAAUGUGAAAAUUUUGAACGUCUAAUCAAUUGGCUUAGUUCAAUCAGUCUUUCAGCAUUAAACAAUUCAGAUAACAAUAAUACACUACUCAUUGAUAAACAUCAUUCUUCACCAUCAGUAAAUCAACUCUUAUUUAAUGUGGAUCAAUGGACAAAUGAAUCAUAUUAUUGUGAUGAUAAUAAUAGUAAUACAGAUUCAUCAUUUGCAAAAGUAAAUAACUUGCCUGAUGUUCAUCUAGAAUAUCCUAUUCAUCUUUUAGUCGCUAAUUUUUUAGCAAACAUCUCGCAGCAUCCAUCAAGUUCCGUUUUAAACAAUUAUGAAGAUAUCAAUAAAUUAAUCAGCCUCUGGAAAGUUUCUACAAGUUUGCAUUUAAAUCUUUUUGGUUCCAAGAUUGAUCAUAAUUUAAAAAUUCAUUCUAAAAUAAUUGACAGUUCAUGUUCUGAUUCGCUCAAUUCAUACCCUAUCUACUGUCCAGAUGUUUAUAACUUAAAUGAUUCCAACAAUAUCAACGAAGAUUAUGAUUUUGAUAUUAUUUUUGUGAACGGUAUGUUGGGUAGUGUUUUCUACACUUGGAGACAGCAUGAUUCAAUGCUUGCCAACAAUGCUACUCAGUACACAAAAUGUUGGCCUAGAGACUGGCUUUCCCAUCGAUUUCCGCAAGCUCGAAUUAUUGGUGUUGAUACGUCAUUGAAGCCAUUUGUUUGGCAUUCAAUUUGUCCACUUCAAAAGUUACGGCGUACAUUAAAUGAGCGAGCUGUAGAUAUAAUGAAACAACUUAAAAAAGCAGAAGUUGGUCGCCGACCUAUAAUAUGGAUUACUCAUUCAGCUGGAGGUAUACUUGUGAAAGAAAUGCUUCGAUUGGCUAAUUCUGUUAGCAAUGGUACUUCCGAACAAUCGGAAAACGAUCAUUCUGAGCCAAGUACCACGUCUAGCACUAGAGAGUGUGCACACGUUUCUCAUACUUAUGCAGCUUUGUCAGUUUUAAGUGGAGAAAACCCAUCUGUUUCUCAAUCCUCAAUUUCUAAAAUCGAUCCAUCCUGUAAAUGGUAUUGUCACGAAACUGACCAGGAGAAUGGAAAUCUGUCAAAUAUAUCGAAUCCUAGUUUUGUUGAAGAUAAAAAUUCCAAUACUUCUGAUAAAUAUUUUGAAAAUCGUAUGUAUUAUUCGUCUAGUUGUUCUGAUUUUCUGUCCAAACGCAGUAGUGAUGCAUCAUUCCUAACCACUUUAUCCGAUAGUUCGAAAACAGAUCCUGUAAAUUACCAAACAUUAGCAAGCAGUACACAAGCAGUUGUAUUUAUGAGUACACCACAUAGAGGAAAUCAAUCGGUGCACACUUUAUAUCGUCGUCCAUUCCGAUGGGCGCUUACUCCUGAAGCUAUUCAACUUGAAAAAAAUUCAAACUAUUUGUUGGAUCUCCAUGUUUGGUUUAAUCUAUGGGCAUAUAGUCAUAAAUUACAAAUCUUAUCUAUGGUUGAAAGUCGUGUAACACCAAUCAACAGAUUUUGGUCUGUUUUAAUUGUCCCUGAAGAUGUUAAAGACCGAGAGAUGGGUAAAUUGGUACGUAUCGAUUCAGAUCAUUUAUAUAUAAGUAAACCAAUGAAUCUUUCUGAUCUAUCAUAUACCAGUAUUGUUAAUUUUAUCGAAAAUCUAUCAUUAUGUAAACAGUCACCUGUGAAUACUGAUAAAACAACCUUUGUAACUUCCCAUAUUUCUAGAGUACAUUAAAAGUUUCUUAUUAUUAUUAUAACAUUCUCUAAUCUCAUUGACUUUUCUCAGUUCAUCAGUGAACAGAAGACGUUUAAUUUGUUAUGUACGUUUUCAAGUUGUGAAAUUCUUUUUGUUCGUUUUAUUUGUACAGGCUACUUAUCUUAGUUAUUUUUUACUUUCUUUCCCGAAGAUUAGUCUAAUAUAAUUUUUUAAAAAUUAUUUUCGAAGUGAUAUUUUGAUUUUUUUUUCGGUGACUCUGUACAGUGAAGUAUGUGUGUCUUCGCCUUUGAUUCCUCCCCACAAUGUCUUUUCUAGAUGAAUUUAUUUCUUUUUAAGUGGAAUUCGAACUGUUACCUGCAUUAUUUUGUAAUUUCUGAUAAUAUAGAGUGAUGAUUAAUAAAUUAAUUCAUCAGUAA